CUAACUUGUUGGGGCCGGUGUACAUCGCACUCCUCGAUUUCAUUCAUCGCCAUUCCCCCAAUCCCCAUUCGCGAUUAGCAUUCGCCCAACGCCCCAAAGCCCCCAACCGGCAACCGCCGCGGCUCGCCGGCACAACCGCACAACCCGGCAGUCCACCAGGCAGGCAGGCACGGACUCACCAACCGGCAGCGCGUUCCGCCAGGCCGGUAGGCACGGACCUCUCUCGGACCGUCACCACCGACUCACCAACCGACAGCGCCAGCCGCCAGGCCGCAACUGCCCCACCGCGACCCGACGGCCGCCUCCCUCAGGCUCCCUGAGUCCGGUCACUCGGUGCCCUUGAAAGCGAGGGCUGCCUCUGAACAUGCAAUCUCUACGACUGGUUUGCAGAUUUGGAACUACACCUGGUGUUCCAGUGGCCGCCACCGUUGCAUCUAAAGAUAAACUCAGCAUUGCUACUAAUAAUAGAUCGAUUGCCAAGAAAAAUCCCAUAAAAGUGGACGAACCUGCCCUUAUAAAGCUGAAAAAAGAAAGAGAUCCUGAUAAGCUGUUUCAUCUGUUCAAGGAAAAUGCACACAAUAAGCUUGUGAUUGAGAACCGGUUUGCAUUUGAGGACACAAUUUCUCGCUUAGCCGGAGCCGGCAGAUUUGAUUACAUUGAAACCCUACUUGAGCAGCAGAAGGCUCUACCUCAGGGUAGACGUGAAGGUUUUAUAAUUCGCAUCAUAAUGCUGUAUGGGAAAGCUAGAAUGGUGAAACAUGCUGUUGAUACUUUUUAUAAUAUGCAUUUAUAUGGUUGCCAAAGGACGGUUAAGUCUCUCAACGCUUCUCUCAAGGUUUUGGCUCAGUCACAUGAUUCAGAGGCAAUUUUGUCAUUGCUUAGAGACGUAUCUUUGAAAUUCAAUAUUCAUUUAGAUAUAUUUUCAUUAAACAUUAUCAUCAAGGCAUUUUGCGAAAUGGGUAUUUUGGAUAAGGCUUAUCUGGUAAUGAUUGAGAUGGAAAAGGAGGGAAUUAGUCCAGAUGUAGUUACAUAUACAACACUUAUAUCUGCCUUUUACAAAGUUAAUAAAGCAGAGAUCAGUAAUGGCUUGUGGAAUCUUAUGUUGCUGAAGAGAUGCAUGCCAAACAUUGCAACUUUUAAUGCUAGGAUACAGUUCUUGGUCAGUAGAGGACGAGCAUGGGAUGCUAAUAAAUUAUUGGAAUCGAUGCAUAAGCUUCAGAUAAAUCCUGAUGAGAUUACUUAUAACUUAGUAAUUAAAGGAUUAAGCCGAGCCGGCUUUCUUGAUGUGGCUAAUAGGGUCUACUCUUCUAUGCAUGGUCAUGGUUUGAAGUCCAAUGAAAAAAUUUACCAAACCAUGAUUCAUUACCUAUGUAAAGCCGGAGAGUUUGACUCUGCUUAUACAAUGUGCAAAGAUAGUAUGAAAAAUAAUUGGUUCCCAAAUGUAGAUAGUAUUAUUAUUCUACUUCAAGGGCUACAGAUGCAUGGUGGGUCUAUAGGGAUGGGAAAGGCUCGAUUUAUCAUUAGUUUAGCCAAGAGAAGAGUUCCUCCCUUUUCUGAAGAUAAAUUGAAAGCAAUGGAGUCCCUAAUAUCAAAAUGAGUAAAAGAGGGAACUGAACUGCCAGCCUCCUUGUUUAUGCAGCUCAACUGAAGCUGGAAGCUGCCCUCAUUCUGUUUUCUGGUGGACCAUAGAUGCAAUGUAAUGGAUAAAUAACCACAAAAUACAAUUAUUUAUUGUAUUUUUGCAAAAAAUGCCAAUCCAAGAGUUCUGAAUCUACAACAGAAGUGACAUAAUCUUUAAGGUUAAUGUAAAUGUGUCAUAUUAAUGCGGAUGCAGCAAGCAAUUAAAGAAUCUGUGCAUCACAGCCAACCUUCAAACCCAGUUCUUACGCUAAAUUAGGGCAGCCUUUCAGUACUCAAUUAAAAAAUCGAAGGGGAAGAAGGUCGCCGCACCAAUUUGAAGCCAGAUGAUCCAAAAUACCUUCCACUAGCUUUCCUUCUUUAAGCUUCUACGUACUGGAUGGUGAAAGAUUAGACUGCUGCUCGUCAUUAGUUUUGAGAUCUGCGUCUGGAUGGCGAGUACUUCAUGUUUUAUGAUCGUGAGUAGGAAUGCCCAUCUAUGAAGCCGAAGUUGGAGCUGCGCAAGUACGCAUUUUUUAUCUCUAUACAGGAUAAAAAAUUUGAAGGGUUUGAAUUGGCACUUUCAGGUGGUUAUAUUUUGUUGUUAUUUGUUAAACAUUUUUUCAUAUCUCUUCUCCAAUUCUUCCUAAAUCCUAUUCUUAACUCUCUAAUUCUCUUAUUCUCCAAUAUAUUAUAUUUAUUAUUUAUAUAUCUACUUUAUAGUUUAUACUUAAGAAGUUAAGAUGGAAAAUCAAGAUGCCAUUAUACGAUAUAAUUUUGAUAAGCUGAAGGACCCGAAGACCGGGAUGUGGUACGCAAUUUGCAAAUGGUGCGAGAAAAAAUGUAGCAUGGGGGCUUCAGGCGGAUUCGGGAUGGCAAUCAAGCAUAUGAAGUCAUGUGACAAAACCAAAAGAUCGGGAGGUGCGGGAAGUUCCGAUUGAUUACAAUUUUCAAAAUGUUUAUCUCUUCAAGUUUAUUUUAAUUUUCAAAUGUAGUUCCUAUUUCAUUUCAAAUAAAUGCAACUGAAGUUUGUUUUUAAUACUCGUAUAAAACUAUAAACUAUAAAAUAUAAAUUAUUAAAUAAAAAUUAACCGGCCCGAACCGGGUCCGACCCGUGACCCGGGCGGGUGGCCCGGCCCGAACCGGACCUGUCCAACCCUCGGGCCGGUCCCGGGCCCAUCUGAUACGAACCGGCGGCCCGGCCCGGGCCCGACCCGGCCCGAAUCCAUCCCUAGUCAUGCCCUCAUCCAACCUCAGAAGAAUCAUAUCACUUCGAACUCCCCUAACCCACGUUUGUUUGGGUCUUCCUCUCCCUCUCUUCCCUGCCUCUUCUCCACACAUCUCAACUCGUCUUAUAGGUGUAUCACUCGGUUUGAUAAGUCAACUUCAAUAACAAAACUAAAAUCGCUAGAACCUUGAUUUAUUUCUUAGAUUUUCUUGGAAAAUAUGUAUAGUUUUCUUUGACUAUUUGGCCAAACAUACCCGGCUGAUGCUGCUUCAUGAUUCUCGCAAUGAUGAUGGAAUCAAAAGCUUUUUCCAAGAAGUUCACGAGCUUUAUAUAAAGGUUUGUUAUUUGUACUUCUUAAUAGGGUUUCAUUUGAAAAUUUUAACUCUAUUUUCAAUUGGACAUUAAUGGCACAUUUCUAGAAUACUAGUGUCUUUUCCAGUAUAUAAUUUUUACCUUUUAUUACACGAAAGGUUCUUGCUACUGCACUUCUUUUUUAUUACUGUGAUGCAUAUAGGGGAUGGACCGCCUGUUAUGGGUUAAGUAAUGGGGGAACCAGAUCCUUGACUGUGUAUAGUGGUUCAUGUUGCGGUGCGGUUCUUGAUCCGUGUUUUUAGCCUAUUUCUAAAAAUAAAAAAUAAAUAACCGGAACCAGUUUGGAUCGGUUUUGGGUACCUGUGCUGGUAUGGAACAAAAAAACAUGUUUCCUUUUUGUUUUUACAUGCUUAGCUCCAGAAUUGGACCUGGGCCAACCUCUCGAUAGACAACAAGAAGUUGACCAAGCUUUAAAUUUGAAUUUGCAGUCUCUUCUUAAUCCCCUCUACUUACCUGGCCCUGGAAUUACGUCGUCUCAUUUCGAUACAAAGGUUAGAGCUCUUGCUAGAAAGUAUCUUUAAAGAUUGUGAAGGAGCCUCACUGCCUACUCGGUAAUGAAUGUUUAGCAGUAACAUUCCGUCAUUAAAAAAAUCAGAAUGUAGUUUUUCACUGAUUGUGUUGUCUAUUCAAUAAUCUUUUUUGCAACUUUGCAAGACACAACUCUUACAAGUCAUAAUGAUACUUAAACUUUAAAAUUUUCUUUGAUACCUUAACUAUAUGUAUAUCCAUUAAAAUUCAUUAUUCUUGUUCGUUAUUCAAUUUUGG